AUGCCCAUGCCUAGGGAGAGGCUCCCUGGGCGAUCGGCGUGUGAAAUGGGAAGCCCGCUCUGCUGUUCCGGAAUUACUAUUACCCCUGGCUCGAUCUAUACUACCCGUUUCUUGCGGACAUGUUUCCUCAUCAUCAGCGCCACAAACCCACCGCCUCCAGUACGAGCUGUUGGAGAGACCUCUCUUCCCACUGCUGCUGCUGCCGCCACUGCCGCUGCCGCUGGCACAUCGUCCUCGACCUCCUCUUCUAUCCCUGAUGCCAAGAAGACGUCGCCACCAGCACCUGCGCCAGUAGCGCCAGCACGCGCACCAGUAGCAAACAGCGCUCCGAAAGCAACACCACCACCACCUCCUCCUGCGUCAGCGCCCAGCAGCAAGCGCAAUCACCAAAUCAUAGCAGCAGUGCUGGGUUGUCUAGUCCUGUACCGCUUCUCACCCACACUCUCUUCGCUGCUCCUAGUAGGAGGUGUAGGAGCGGCUUUCUGGUUUCCUAAAGCCUGA